AUGAUUCCUCAAGAAUCGUUAUAUGAUCAUAUAAACAACAUUCUCAGCAUUGCCAAUUUUGGGUAUGCAGCCUCUUUAUUAUCCCUUAGUGCAGCCAUUGUUAUUAUGUUGCUUUGUAAUACUACUUUCCUCUGCUCCCAUUGCAAAUUUUCUCUUUCCUUUAAUUUCUUCUUGUUCCCAUUUCUUCAUUUCUCCCAUUUCUUCAUUUCUCCCAUUUCCUCUUUUCUCCCAUUUUCUCUUUUCUCCCAUUUUCUCUUUUCUCCCAUUUCCACUUUGUUCCUAUUCCUCUUUGUUCCCACUCCCAUUUGGCUUCUAUUUACCCUUUUUUUUCCAUUUCCUCUUUUCUCUCAUUUCCUCUUUUCUCCCAUUUCCUCUUUUCUCCCAUUUCCUUUUUCCUCUUUUUUCUAUGUUUACUCAUUCUUUCCAUUUUCUCUUUCUGACUAUUUCUGCUCAUAA